AUCCAUCCAGAAAUUCCGCGCCACGAUAGGAAUUAAUCUGGCAAUAAACGUCUGGAUCCAGCUCAAUAGCCACAAUCAUCGUCAGCACGACACCUUUGAGCGGACACGACGCCUACAGUUCCCUCUCUCAGCUCAACUUCCCCCUCCCCCGGAAUCACGUCGCCUCGUCACGAAACUUCACGAUGUCUGCCGCGGCACCACCGCAGACGAACGGCGUGCCGUCCUCGCCCGGCGUGUCUCAAUCCCAGACCCCCAACAAUAUCCAGUCGCAGCCAACACAACCGGCGUCUGAUGGUAACACCCAACCAGCUACAAACGGCGUGCCCUCUCAAUCCACCCAGUCUCAACCACAACCACAAGCUUCAUCGACACAGCAGCAGGCUCCUACGGCAGCAGGAGCGCAAGCCGCUGGCUCCAACACAAAUGCAAGCUCCGCUCCUAAGCCUCGCGACCAGCGCACCAUCGAGCUUCUUCUCAACGCGCAGGGUGUGACCGCCUUUGAGUCUCGCGUGCCUCUCCUCCUUCUCGACUUCGCCUACCGCCACACUGCCUCUGUUCUCUCCGACAGCUUGUACCUUGCUGCUGAUCCAUAUACUACCCACGCCGGUUCCAAGCCCUCUGCGGCAUCGGGCGCGGCUUCUUCUGUGCCUGGCACUGGCGGUGAUGCGACAGUCAGCGCCAAUGCCGUGCGCCUGGCCAUCGGCUCACGGCUUGCGUACCAAUUUCAUGGCGGCGGUGGAGCCACUGGAGGCGGCGGCAUCAGCAAGGAUGCACUGGCGAAUCUCGCAGCCGAGCGGAACAAGGUUGCACUGCCUCGCGUCCCCGCCAACGAAUGGGGUGUCAGGCUACCGAGCGAGCGCUUUGUCAUGACCGGCAUGGGAUGGGGCCUUCGAGACAUCCUGGCCCGGGGCGACGAUGACAGCGAAGAUAAUGAGGACGAUGAUGACGAUCAGGAGAUGGUGGAUGCGAUGGAGGUGCAGCCGAACGAGGAGGACGUCGGCGGUGAUGGCGUCGAAGGCGGCACGAUGGAGGAUGUGUUUGGGGCCGAGAAUAACGAGCAGGUCGGUGAGGAGGAUGUGGACAUGGGAGGGGCAGACUAG